CUGAUCAUCUGCUUUGCAACAUUUAACCACCCGACAAUGACGUAUCAUCAAAUGUAUCGUAGAACUACCCUUGGAAACACGCUGCAAGAAGCACUGGACGAAAUGGUCGAACACAAGCUACUGCAGCAGAAAACAGCACUUAAGGUCAUACAGAAAUUUGACCAGUGUAUAAGUUUAGCACUAGCCAAGCGUGUCAAGAAUAGACUCUCCUUGAAGGGGCACCUGAACACCUACCGAUUCUGUGAUAACGUCUGGACGUUGGUGAUGAACGAUGUGGAAAUUAAAGACUCAUCUGCUAUCAUGACGGUCGAUAAGAUCAAAAUUGUAGCAUGUGAGGGGAAAAGUGCUAAACCUACAUCCGCAAGCAACGUCUCCAAAACAACCACUUCUGCCAACCCCGAGCGUCAAGCAGACGCGGCACCUGCAGACGAAGAAAAACACACUUCCUAUCUUUCGGAUGACGAUUCGGAUUAAUCCUCAUUGUUGGUCAACCGAAUCCUAACUCCACCGUCUUUCUCCACCGAGCACGCAUGCCCCAGAGAAGUGAAAAGAAAAUGAAAACAACGCUAACCACGAUGUUUUUUAUCACAACGUUAAUGAAAUGUAAAAUUUCAAAGCAAUAUGGAUAGCUUAUCAGUCUAGUGUCGACAGGGAAAUAGAGUUAGUUUUGUCUAUCAAAAUACAUCAGUUGUGCUAUCAUGCCUGAUAGGUACUUGAUGCCACCGAUCCGCCGUGUCCGGUCCAAUCUGCAUGCACAAACGUGCCAGGAUUCUCGAUACGCUCAAACUGAUGCGCACCAAAGUAGUCCCGUUGAGCCUGAAACCGAAAAAACGCGGAAAACAUUGAGUGUCGCGGAAAGACAUGAUGACAAGUUUACGGAUGAAAGGCGCUCCUA